UAAUGGAUUCCAAUUCUUCUAAACAACUCUACAAUUUUUCAACGAGUACAUUCGAUAAGGUACUCCAAAACACCACGUCAGGCUCCCAUAAAAUCAUCCCCCAACUCCAAAUACAACAAGGAACGAGUUCGGCAAUUUUAACGCAAGGACAAAUUUUGAACCCACAAAACAUUAUAGUCGUCUCAUCAAAUACUGUUGGAGCUGUUGAUGCUUCAGCUUUGCUCAGUAUUGCUCAUAAAGAAUACCAAGCUGGAAACUACGCAAAGGCUGAACAACAUUGUUUAGCUCUACUUCAACAAAAUUCACACAAUAUUGGUGUGCUUCUAUUACUGUCUUCUAUUGCUUUUCAACAGAAAAAUUAUGAAAGGUAUUUUUAA